AUGGAGGCGCGGGCAGCGUCGGCGCCGGACCUUUCGCUGCACAUCAGCCUGCCGAGCAGCACCGCGUCGCCGUCGUCUCCCGCCCCAGGGCUGGGCGCCGGAUCAGGAGCUGGGCGUGGUGCGCAGCCGGCCGGAGGUGACCCGUGGCGGCGUCUGAACGGAUCCACGGCGUCGACCGAGCUGUCGCUCUCGCCGCCGCCGGGGCAGCAGGAGGUGGCUGCUGGGGACGUCCUUCCGUGGCGGUUCCGGCCGCCAGCGGCGACGAAUAGUUACUCUUCCUCCACCGAGGAGGCAGCAACGUUCGUGCCGGUGACCGUGCCGCGGCUUUCGUUCGACGCCGCGGCGGAGGCGGCGCGGGCGAGGCCAAUCAACGGAGUGCCCGUCUACAGCAGCCCGCGGGUCGGCGCCGCCCAUCCUUUUCUAGGCGCCGGCAGCGGCGAGUACCGCCAGGGCCACCACCACCCGAAGGCCGCCGGGCUAUACAACAAUCCCUACCACCACUCCUCGUCGUGGCCCUCGUCCCUGCGCUCGACGACGACGUCCCCCGGCGCCGUGGCGCCGUCGGCGUCCGACCCCGCGCCCGCGGCUGCGUCGUACCUCUCGCCGUCCGCGUACCACCGGAUGCUGUCGAGCACCGGGCGGCUCCACCUCCAGGGCGUGCUCGCCGACACGUUCCGUGGCUACGGCGGCGGGCACCACCAGCACUUGGCCAGCCUGGCCGCGGCCCGCUACAUGCCGAGGCUCCCGGCUUCCCGGCGCGGCAUGCGUGCGCCGCGGAUGCGGUGGACGAGUAGCCUGCACGCGCGUUUCGUCCACGCUGUCGAGCUCCUCGGUGGCCACGAGCGGGCGACGCCCAAGUCGGUGCUCGAGCUGAUGGACGUCAAGGAUCUGACGCUAGCGCAUGUGAAGAGCCAUUUGCAGAUGUAUAGGACCGUGAAGAGCACUGACAAGCCUGCAACCUCAUCAGGGCCUGUGGACGGCGGUGGCGGCUCCGGCGACGAUGACCUCCCGAGUAGUGCGCUGUGGGCUCCGUCGUCGUCAGCAGGUCGGGACGUCAGCCCGCAGGCGUUCACGGGACACCGGUCCGCCUCCUCGGAGGGCGCGGCGAGCCAUGCGGGCGGCGACGUCGAAUGCUCCUCAGCCGACGAUUCCGAUGGCGGCAGGGCGCGCAGUGCUUCGUCGUCAAGAGAUCAAUGGCUGUCACCAAGUGCAUGCAAUGCAGACACCCGCCAUUUAGUUGGCGUAUCAUCCACUUUUGAGGAUAUGGAGCCUUGUGGAUCAGUUGGCUUGCAACAGGCACCCAGCCAUGAAAUGAGCUGCCCUACUCCUAGCCUGGAGUUCACGCUAGGGCGAUCAAACUGGAAUGGUGCAGAACAUGACUAG